AUGCCGAUCGCCAGCGACGUGAUCACUCACGACGACGACGGCGACGUCGACGACCACAACAACAACGACAACAACAACGACGAUGCCGCCACCGACGACAACGACAACCACAACCGUAACGACCACGACGACAGCGACGGCAACAACGACGCCAACGACAACAACAACGACUAUUACGACGACGACGACGACGACAACAACAACGACGACGACGACAACGAUGACGACGACGACAAAUACAUCGACGAUGACGACAACGUGACGAACAACGGCAUAAACAACGACGACAAUGCGAGUACCACACUUGGAUGUUCAGAGCUCAAAAUCCUUAUCGGCAAAUCGCUGACCCCACAGGGCGCUCUGCAUAAAGACAAGCAGUAG